CGUGAUGACGCCACAGCGAAGAUGGCGGAUUCGCUGUGUGGCGGAGCAUCCGACGAAAAAGAUCCCGAAAAUGAAGAUCACAAAGGGGUAAAAUGUCCCCGGGCUGCUGCAGCCAUAUCGAGAAAGACAGACGUCUCAGGGUCGGCGGCGAAAAUGACGGAAACUCUCGGAUAUUACGAGAAGCCCGCCGUUAAAGACGAGCAGCACGAGCAUUCAGACUCGGAUGACUCUGACGAGCCGUCUCUGCUGAGGUUCAUGUGUGCAGAGCUCACCAGGGGCUACUUCCUGGAGCACGACGGGGCCAAGUACACUGAGAGGAGGGAAAGGGUGUACACCUGCAUGAGGAUCCCCAGAGAGCUGGAGAGGUUGAUGAUCUUUGGGAUCUUCCUGUGUCUGGAUGCCUUUCUGUACGUGUUCACCCUGCUGCCCCUGAGAACUUUACUGGCCUUUCUGAGGCUGUUGACGAUACCCUGCUGCGGUCUUGGCGCUAAUGUUUGCCCUUAUUGCAGACGGAGCAGUGGCUCUCGGUUCCUGCAGCCGGCUCAGGUGUGUGACCUGCUGAAAGGUUUAAUAAUGGUGCUCUGUUACUCCAUGAUGCACUACGUCGACUACGCCAUGAUGUACCACCUGAUCCGCGGCCAGUCUGUCAUCAAACUCUACAUCAUCUACAACAUGCUGGAGGUGGCAGACCGUCUCUUCUCAUCAUUUGGACAAGACAUUCUAGACGCUCUCUACUGGACGGCCACUGAACCAAAGUCACGGAAGAGAGCCCACAUUGGAGUCAUUCCCCAUUUCUUCAUGGCCGUCUUCUAUGUCUUUCUGCAUGCCAUCCUCAUCAUGGUCCAAGCCUCUACACUAAAUGUGGCCUUCAACUCGCAUAACAAAUCUCUGCUCACCAUUAUGAUGUCCAACAAUUUUGUGGAAAUCAAGGGAAGUGUGUUCAAGAAGUUUGAGAAGAACAAUCUCUUUCAGAUGUCCAACAGUGAUAUCAAAGAGCGGUUUACCAAUUAUGUUUUGCUCCUCAUCGUGUGCUUGAGGAACAUGGAGCAGUUUUCCUGGAACACAGAUCACCUCUUGGUGCUGCUUCCUGAUGUCGUCAUGGUAAUCACGUCUGAAGUUAUGGUUGACGUCGUCAAGCACGCUUUCAUCACUAAAUUCAAUGAUAUCACAGCUGAUGUCUACAGUGAAUAUAAAGCCAGCUUGGCCUUUGAACUUGUCAGCAGUCGACAACAGAAUGCCUACACAGACUAUAGCGAUUCAGUGGCAAGAAGGAUGGGCUUCAUUCCUUUGCCUCUUGCUGUACUGCUGAUUCGAGUGGUGAUGAGCUCUGUGAAGAUCCAGGGCGCUCUCUCAUCUGUCUGUCUGCUCCUCUUUUAUCUUGGGUUGAUAACAAUGAAAGUAUUGAAUAGUAUAGUUAUUCUGGGCAAGUCCUGUCGCUAUGUGAAGGAAGCUAACAUGGAUAAAAUCUUUAAAAAACACACUGCCCAAACCUCAAAACAAAAAACCAAAAAACCAAAAAAUCAAAAACCUCCCCCACCCUCAGCUGAACCUAAAGUGCAGCGCCCCUCCAAGUCCAUCACCAAGCAGCCGAGCCCAAGAGCGAAGCCUUUUCCCCCGGCUCCACCUCCUGUAACUGAGGUGACCAGUGACCCGCCCCCAGAUUCUCCUCCUAAACCAGAGGAGAGCAGCAGCGAGACGCCACAAUCUACUGAACUUAAACACAGAGCCACCAACAAAGAUCUGUUGGAGAUUGACCGCUUCACAAUAUGCGGCAACCGAAUCGGGUGAACUACACCCCAUCACCAUAGUAACUGCUCAGGAACGAAAGUGGAGAAGACUCAGAGUCUGAGUCUGAAAUAAUUGCAAAGGCUUUCGAGUGAGUUCUUCAGCGGUGGCUACUGUUUAACUCUAACUGGAAAAUUACUCGUUUUGCCGUCCUCUCUGCUUCCAUUUCUGUGGAAUAUCUACAAAAGGAAGCAGAUCUUGUGCGUAAAGCAUUUCAAAUCAAAAUGAGUCUGUUCACGCUCGGCAGCCUGGCAAAUCACACGACGUAGAAUCUACUGUAGUAUAUGUUGCUUUAGGAUAUAUUUGUCUCGAUUUUAUCGAAAAAUCUUGAACUUCUUACAAACUUACAACUGAUGCAUAUAAAUGGAUGAAGUUAUAUAUAUUCACACACUUUUGGCUUAGAAUAACAUGCUAAACAGGUUUGCCAAUAAUGCUGCCAUUAGAAUUGAUGAGUCUGGCAAAUAUUUAUUUUUAGAACUUGAUGUUGAAGUCUGUAUUGUAAUAGAUACAUUUCUUUAAAAGACAUGACUCACAGAAAGGGAAGGUUUAGCUAAUCUAAUGCCAGGCUGCUUGAUAAUUCAGCUCUGUAUAAUAUACAUGGUGCCAAUCCAGCUGACUUAACUUUGCACUGAUUUACCACAUUGUCUUAAGCUGUACAGAAUAUUUUUGUGUUUCUAAGUAUGAAAGUUUACACCAGCUAUGAAAGAGCAAAUAACUGUUUCAUAUGAAGUGUAACGAAAUGAGUGGUUGUUUUUUUUGAAUGCACAUUGUUAGUGUAUUUUGAAAUGCAAAUCAUCUGUGACCAAUCUGAGAGAUUAUUGUUUGAUAUAAUUCAUAUUUUUGUUGUUUUAAAUGUAAUUAAAUUAUUAUCCAGUAAUUAGUAGUUCAGUAUCAUGUUUAUACUGUUUUAUAAUGGUGCUUGGAAGGUGAGGAAAGUUGAAUGUCAAUCUAAGUCUGUGCAGCCUAUGUCUAGAAUUUACCUCCAGUAUAGUCAUGAGGUACAGACGUACCAAAUGACAAGCGACUUGAAAAUGGAUGUUUCGUCAUUCUCUUUUUGACUAAAAAUGUUUUUUGAGAAGUGUUCCUGCCAUGAUCUGAAGUAUGCAUAAUUUGCAUCUGAGUAUAUUGUAUUUUGUUUUAUUAUCAUUGUAAAAAAUUUAAUUACUAUUUUUGGAGAGAUUCUGAACAGGGUUGCACAGGUAGUUGUCCUCACGGUGUGUUCUCAUUUUUUGUUUUUAAAAUGUACCAUAAUGCUAAAAAGUAGUUUCAUAUGUGAAUGUUAAAGACUAAACCAUUUGUUUUUCUGUAAUUCCAUCCCUGUUUUGGGGACGGCAAAUAAAAGUUGUUUUGUAA